CUUAAAAAAACAAAACAAUAACCUCUCCCUUUUUUCCUCAUUUCUACUCUGUCUUUCCCAUUCCCUUCAAUAAUUGGGUUUGGGAGAAAAACAAAAUCCCAACACAAACAAAACCCUCUAACAAAAUUAUAACUUACUCCUCCUUCCUACAAAUCCCAUAUUUGUUUAUUUUUGUUGCUAAAACUAUUUGCCAACAAACUCAUACCUUCCUCUUAUUCUCUUGUUUUUUCCUUCAUUUCCACUUCUUCCUACACCAAUAACCGAAAGCUCAAUCUCAACUACUCAUUCAAAUUCAAACCCUUCUCUUCAAAUGUUGGAACUAAAGACUCCCCUCAAGAACAAAGGAUUCUAUGUUAGAAUGAAACUCAUGAACAAACAUAACACAAAACCUCAACAAGACCAUCAUAAAACAUUUUUCUUUUUUACAUAUUACAAAUGGCUUCUUUGGUUUUCUCUUUCUCUUUAUUUCUUCACCUCUUAUCUCAUCACCAAUGACCCACAAGACAUAACAACCAUUGUCUCAAAUUCUAAUUCCAACGUUGUUUCUCAUAACUCAUUAGAUAUGUUGAAAAAUUUGAAGGUGUUUGUUUAUGAGCUACCUUCAAAAUACAACAAUGAUUGGCUUGUAAAUGGGAGGUGUAAAACACAUUUGUUUGCUUCAGAAGUUGCUAUUCACACCGCAUUGUUGAAAAGUGAUGUGAGAACUUUUGACCCUUAUGAAGCUGAUUUCUUCUUUGUUCCUGUUUAUGUUUCUUGCAACUUCAGCACAGUUAAUGGUUUUCCGGCAAUUGGACAUGCCCGUGCUCUCAUUUCCUCCGCGGUUGAGCUCGUCUCCACCGAAUAUCCAUUUUGGAAUCGAAGCAGAGGAUCCGACCAUGUUUUUGUCGCUUCUCAUGAUUUUGGAGCAUGUUUUCAUACCCUCGAGGAUAAGGCAAUGGGCGAUGGAAUACCACAAAUAUUGAAGAAUUCAAUUGUGUUGCAGACAUUUGGGGUAGAAUAUGAACAUCCUUGUCAAGAUGUUGAGAAUGUGGUUAUACCACCUUAUGUCUCGCCGGAGAAAGUUUCGAGGACGCUUGAGAAAGCUCCGAUGAACGGACGGCGAGAUAUUUGGGCUUUCUUUAGAGGGAAAAUGGAAGUUCAUCCUAAAAACGUCAGUGGACGGUAUUACAGCAAGCGAGUGCGAACCGAGAUAUGGAGGAAAUUCAAUGGUGAUCGGAGAUUUUAUCUACAACGACAUAGAUUCGCAGGUUACCAAAUGGAAAUCGCACGAUCAGUAUUUUGUCUAUGUCCGUUAGGGUGGGCACCAUGGAGUCCAAGACUUGUAGAAUCAGUCGCACUUGGUUGUGUGCCUGUUAUAAUCGCCGAUGGAAUACGUUUGCCGUUUUCAUCAAUCGUGAAAUGGCCGGAGAUAUCACUCACGGUGGCAGAGAAAGACGUAGGAAAACUCGACAAAAUUCUCAAGCACGUGGCCGCGACGAACCUUACUCAAAUUCAGAAGAAUUUGUGGGACCCAAAAACAAGACAGGCCCUACUUUUCAACAGUGAGGUCCAAGAAGGGGAUGCCACGUGGCAAGUAUUGUUUAGUCUAAGUCAGAAGCUUGGUAGGUCCUACCGUAGGUCCAUGGUUUCUGGCCAAUUGUGAAAUUACACGUGGUGGAAUGUUAUUGGGUUAGAAGUUUGACAGCGAAUGAAGCUGAGUUUCCUACGUGGAUGCGUUGGCAUUGGCAAUGACAACUAUAAUAUAAAGUGGAUUACAGCUAUGAAUUUCUUUGGCAUUUAUUGCUCAGAAGGAAUUCUGAUGGUGGGGCCCUAUGAGACAUAAGAGUAGAUAUAUUUUUGUAUUUUUAGGGUGGGUGGGUCCAUUGAUGAGGUGGCAAGUUUUGAUUUGAUGAAAGUGCAUAGAAAAAGAUUCUUUUUUUCCUUGUAAAGUCAUUUUUUGUGUAAAUAAUUUACUUGUUCAAUAAAGAAUUUUUUAAUUUGUUGAA